GUGAGUGGUGUGUAUUCCUAUUUUAUCUCCCUCCUCUCUUUAGUAGGAGCGACGGAGAGAGAGGAAAAGACACAGCGGUGGCCGGGAAUUACAGCGACGGACGAAAACUGUGGCCAUGAAGUCUUCAAUAUCAGUUGGAGAGAUGGCUUUUGAUUGGUGCAAAAUGUCCUCAGACCGUUAUCUGCAACACUGCCACCUUGCCUUUAUAAACGUGUUUGAUGAGCUCCUCUUCAGGCAGCAGCAUGAGCCAACAAGAUACCUCAAGUGGGCCCAGGAAGGAUUGCUGCUCAGCAAGAAGGUAAUCCCCUUUGUUGAAAAACACCACGAUGCUGGAGGAACUCAGCAGGCCAGGCAGCAUCCGUGGAGAAAAGCAAGUGGUCGACGUUUCGGCAGGAACUGCAAAGGUGAAGCAGUGGAUUUAACUGUGAUCCAGACAAUGGAAAUCUUCUGGAUUCUCUAUGCUGAGAUGAAGAAGAAAUGUAAUCAAACUGGGUUUGUUGCUGCUCUCCUGAAGACCUUUGAACAAACCAAGGAUGAUGUUGAACUGAAGGAGAUCAUCUGCUGUACAAAGCCUUUAAUAAAGCAAAUUCCUAUCAACAACAUAGCCCCCAACUGGACAGACCUGCAGAGGAACACGGCUCUUACAAUACUACUAGCUCACUUUGCAGAUUAUAUAAAGAAAUUUGCUGAUGAGGGGGAUUCUCUGCUAAAUGAUUUUGAACGAAAUUGUGAAUGCAAUAACCAGAAGAUUGAGCAUCUUCAGUGGAAAGGUGAAGACGAGGUGAGCAUCAGUGAAUUCACAGCUGCCAUCCUCACGUACAGCAAAGCAGUGGAAAUGAGUCCGUAUAAUCAUCACUUGUACUGUCGACGAGCCUAUUGUUACCUGCAGUUGAAUGAUCACCGAACGGCCAUCCUGGACAGCAUCAGAGCCACUGUUCUAAAGCCAGAUUAUUUUAAGGGCCAUUACUUCUGUGCUAAAGGUCUCUUGUCAGCGGGCUACCCAGACUAUGCUUUGGUAGUGAACAGGAGAGGCAUUGACUUGUGUCUGGUGGGGCGAAGUGACAUCACAGCGCUGCAGGAACAGCGAAGUGAAAUUCAAGAGGAAAUGAAGAAAAAAGGUAACUGUGAAACAACAGAAGAGCAGCACAGUUCAAGUAAAAAGGCAACAGUUGUGGGUGGAGACGACAGCCCAGUGCCUGAGCCAGGGUCGGAUACGGACAUCGAGUCUUUGGAAGGUGAAGAGUCUGUUGGAGAUUUCAGAGGGGAGAAAUUCCAGGCAGCUUGGGAGAACUUGAUUGAUAACUUAACUGAAACAAACUGCAAGGUCUUUGACGAGCUCCCUGAAGAAUCUGAAACAAGUAUUGAAAGUCAGAAGUCAACUCCCAGAACUGAAAAGACAAACUCGUGUGAAGAACUUCCUCCAGAUCCCACUGAACAAUACGAAGAAGAAAACAGUUCUAGGAAAAUAUCAGAACCAAGAAGUGCAGAUAAGAUUGUCUUUGACCCUUCAAAGUGUCGCUUGUGGCGAGCAGUCCAUUCGGAGCAGGACCUGAUCACUCAGGGUGUGGAGGACAUCUCGUUCCUAUUGUAUCGCUUGAAGUUGAAGAAGUUUCUCUCCGAAGGUGACCAGGAAGAAGUGGAGAAGCAGAGCACUGGGCCAUCGAAGCUCGAUGCCCUCCUUCGAAUUGUGUUGAAAAAGAACUCCAACCUGGAGAUUCGCAAGUUCACCUCAGUGCUGGUCGCAAUCGAUGGUCUGAAGCCAGAACUUUCCAAGUGGGUCCAGAAUCUGGAGGAAAUGGGGAACAGCUGUGCUGAUAGUUUCCUGUACCUGUACCUGGAGGUUUUGGCAGAACCAUUGAACGGCAUCCCUUUAAGGGACCUUAUUUAUAGCCUGCAGACACGAAAUAUUCUGACGGACGUGGAGAACGACCUGCUGAUGAAGACCUCCCCCGUGCACAGAGGCCAGAGGCUGCUGGAGGUCAUCGUCUACAUGAAGUCGGCUGCCGAGAAGGCUGAGUUUGUUUUCCUUUUAGAAGAGGAGCGAAGAUCUUUCCCGACACUGAGGAAAUGUCUGGAUGAGUUCCAGCAGGAAUUUGAAAAGCUGCGUGACGGAUACAUACCUCGUUUCAAACGGUACAUGCCACUUAAGAGGCUGAGAAGGCGGGAGGAUCUCCCAGCGGAUGAACGAAACUCGUACUGUAACUUUUUCCGUCUGAUGUACCUCAUUAUCUUGGAGGGAACACGGAUGGCACAGAAGGUUUUUGCUGAGCGUGUGCCUCCCAGUGACCUGCAGGCGGAGAUUAGGAAGCUGAAGAAAGCAGAACUGCACCGGCACUUCCGGGAAUUCCAGGCGACCUUCGCCUCCCACUCCGACUGGGGGCUGCUGUAUCCGCAGAAGGCUUCCCGCCUGGAGUUCCAGAAGUACGACGUCACCCUCAUUGUCUUUCUAAUGAUGCACGUCAAGUCCUUCCCCCAGCCGAGGAAAGGUUGGCGAACGGAGCCCCCUCCCGAUGAUCACUCCAAGCCGGCCAGCCUCCUGCGCCUGCUGUACCUCCGGAGACGGCUGGUGCUGAGAGACGGUUACCUGGGCGUGCCAGAAGAGGAGUUCUUGGCCAUGUGGAGUGAGGCAAAGCAGUGCCUCUGCUGGCUUGGGAAAGACCACGAGGAGAUUGAGGACAUCAUGUUCACGCCUGGUUACUUGCUGUGGAGGGAUCAUAAGCUGAUCGCAGAACUCAUGGGAAGGCAGUGCUCAGAGAUGACCGGACAGUACAUGAUGGCGAUGAAGGCUCACCUACAGACGAAGACCAAGGAGGUGAUGAAGAUGGGGGAGACCAAAGCGGAGCCUCCUCCGGGAGGGAAGGAGAAUCCCGCACCGGCAACGGGCACAGCCACACCUGACAGGAGGGAGAAAGAGGCAGAGACUGGCGGAGAGGGAGAGAUUGCGCUGGGUCAAGAUGCCACAGAAAAGGAAAAUUCGCUUUCGUUUCAAGUAACAGCGAAAGGCGAGGGGAGCUCACGGCCGUCCGAGACGCAGUGUGCGAACGAUCCCCAGAGGAACAGCCGAAAGAAAAAGAAGAAAAAGACCAAAGGGAAGAAGAAGUCCGCAAUUCCCGUUGAGAACGUCAGUGAGAAGGACGUGGAGAGCACAGCUGAUGAGGACAGGGAUGAGGAUGUUUCCCAGGCAUCGCAUCAGGAUCUCCGGGGGAAGAAUGAGCUUGCAGAGCUGGAGGCUGCAGUACGAAGGUGGCAGCUCCUGUGCGAGGAGAAGAGUUCCCAGUACGAGCAGCUGCUGAAGCGGCAGAGCAAGACGCUGGAGAGUUGUAAGCAACAAACAGCAGAGGUGCAGCGGCUGAAGCAGGAAAUGGAGAACGAGCGAAAAAUGCAGCAAAAUGACAAGAAAGUCCUUCAGAACCAGAUCAAGAACCUACAAGAGGUGCUCCAGAGCAAAGAGGAACUGGUCAAAAAGUCGGAGAAGCAAAUCCAGGCACAAGAGCAAGAACUGCAGCAACAGGAGAAACAAGCCCAGCAGGAACGAGACCAGUGGACACAGGAGAAGUCUCGGCUGGAGAGACAGUCAGCAAAAAGCAAGGAUGAGUUCAUCGAAGCCAUGAGAAGGGCAAUGGCUGCUGAGGUCCAAGUCCUGGAAUGUCGGCGAGACAAAGCGACUGUUUUUCUUGAGCAGGCUGCCAAGGAAGGAGAGGUUAAACUCUCUGGCUUGAGACAGAAGCUCGUGAGUGGGCCUGCAGUGCAGAUCGAUGUCAAAGCUGCAAUAAUGGCGUAUGAAAUGGUGCUCGCUGACAUCAAGUCAAAAAUACACCAAACAGUGAGUGCCUUCAAUGAACAGAUUGAUCUGAUACGGAACGGAGCCAAGCUGAGUAAUAUGCCACAGGUUCCUGUGGUUCUCCCUCCCUCCCAAUCAGAUUUCAUGCUAAUUUACAUGACAAAACAGAAAGAACUUUUGGCUUCCAGUGGCUUUCCUGCAAAUAACAACAGUCAGGGAACAACGUCGACACUGCCAGCGUUUCCACCGGGAAUGGCUCCAUUGAACAAUCAGCUUGGAAUAACACAGAGGUCGAUGUCGCCUGGGUUACCGACACAGCCGUCGUCUCUUGGUCCAGCUAAUCCCAGCCAAGGAGGGACCUCCAACCAAAAUCACCUGGAGCGCCUUCUCGAGAAACUGACUGAGUUGUUCCCACAACACAACAGGGACAUGAUGAUCGUCUUUCUACGACAGGUCCGGAUGAUGAACAAUAACUCCUUGUCUGGACUGUCCUUUGAACAAAUCAUCAGUCAAGUAUCCGUCCUUAUCAAGAACCAUCAGCCACACCUUGUGAAUGUAAAUUUGGACUUUGCAAGUCUGCCAACUGAUCCAAUGUCAUCAACGGUCACUUGGAGGAACGUCGCGAAAGAUCCACACGUCAAUCGCCUAGGAUUUAUGUCUGGUUUAUCACAUCAGAGUGGAGUUGGCACUGAACCUGGACAUCAGAAGGAGGAAGAAGAUCCCUGUGUCAUUUGCCAGGAAGAAUUAACCAGCAGUCGCCUUUUUGUGAUGAAGUGUGGACACAAAUACCACCGAGAGUGCAUCUCCUUGUGGUUAAAGGAUCAGAAGACGUGCCCAAGUUGUACACUCAGCUUCGCGACCUCCUUCUCGCAAUCCUAACCACAGAGCAGGAAUUCGUCACCCUUGACUGCGGACUGGCCCACCUGGGAAUCCAUUCACUGGGCGUUUGUUCACUGUGAAUGUGAUGGAAGUAAUGCUGCUGCAAAGUUACAGGGCAAGAUGAGCUUGAUGCAUCACCUUUUGUUGGAUACAAUGGGACCCAUGGGAACCUCUGACUCUUUGACAAGUUCCUAUCAAAGGAGAGUCUACUUACUGAGAGAUUAUUUUCUGAAAUGACAUGUUGAUUCCUUGACCAUCCGAAACUGAAACAUAUUUUAAUAUGGGGGAUGGAAAGUAAUUGUUUGCAAUUUAAUAAUUAAAGGUUGUUGAAGGUU